AGCCGUGCGGGGCGAGCUAGACCCAGGCGUAGGACUCGCGGCCGGGACCAACAAGGAUUAGAGGCCCACAGAAGGUUCUGGAUCACCAGGAACGAAUCACGUGCAAAAACCAGCGAGUCCUCGCGUAAGGAGAAGGCUUCCCGACACUAAGGGUCCCCGAGACUCAGACAGGGGCGGGGCUUCGUGGCGCACGCGGCGUCGGGGCGGGGCCGGCGUUGGCCAAGAUGGAGGCCAACGUGUUCCGGUUUCGAGAUGCCCGGGCCGCUCCGGAUCCAGUGCUGGACGCCGAGCCAGUGGCCUUCAGCUCGCAGCCGGUGCCGCUGGUGCUGGACAACGGAUCAUUCCAGGCUCGCGCCGGGUGGGCGUGCCCCGGGCCGGACCCGGGCCCCGAACCGCGCCUGCAGUUCCGCGCCGUGUGCGCGCGCGGCCGUGGCGGAGCGCGCGGCGGGCCGGGGCCUCAGGUGGGCAACGCGCUGGGCAGCCUGGAGCCGCUGCGUUGGAUGCUGCGCUCUCCCUUCGAUCGCAACGUGCCGGUCAAUCUGGAGCUGCAGGAACUGCUGCUGGACUACAGCUUCCAACACCUGGGCGUCUCCUCGCAGGGCUGCGUUGAUCAUCCCAUAGUUUUGACAGAAGCCGUGUGCAACCCACUCUAUUCCCGCCAAAUGAUGUCCGAGCUCCUUUUUGAAUGCUACAGGAUCCCGAAGGUUGCCUAUGGGAUAGACAGCCUCUUCAGCUUCUACCACAACAUGCCCAAGAAUGCCCUUUCCAGUGGCCUCAUCAUUUCAUCCGGCUACCAGUGUACGCACAUUUUACCCAUCUUGGAAGGAAGGCUGGAUGCCAAAAACUGCAAACGCAUCAAUCUCGGAGGAAGUCAGGCGGCUGGCUACCUGCAGCGGCUCCUCCAGCUGAAGUAUCCAGGGCACCUGGCAGCCAUCACGCUCAGCCGCAUGGAGGAGAUCCUACAGGAGCACAGCUACAUUGCUGAGGACUACGGGGCAGAAUUGCAGAAGUGGCGGUGUCCUGAUUACUAUGAGAACAAUGUCCACAAGAUGCAGCUGCCAUUCUCUAGCAAGCUCCUGGGCAGCACACUGACGGCCGAGGAGAAGCAGGAGCGGCGGCAGCAGCAGCUGCGACGGCUGCAAGAGCUCAACGCCCGGCGUCGGGAGGAGAAGCUGCAGCUGGAUCAGGAGCGGCUAGAGCGGCUGCUGUAUGUGCAGGAGCUCCUAGAGGAUGGCCAGAUGGACCAGUUUCACAAAGCUCUGGUAGAGCUGAACAUGGACUCCCCAGAAGAACUGCAGUCCUACAUACAGAAGCUCACCUUGGCAGUGGAGCAGGCUAAGCAGAAAAUUCUUCAGGCGGAAGCCAGCCUCGAGGUGGAUGUGGUGGACAGCAAGCCAGAGGUGCCGGGGCCUGUGGAGACCCCAGACCUGGAGCAACUGGAGCCCUCCUUGGAGGAUGUGGAGAAUAUCAAUGAUUUCGAGCCCUUGUUCUCAGAGGAAGCGCCCGAAGUGGAGAAGCCGGUCACCACAGUCCAGCCUACCAUCAGCUGUUUGUUGGGACGGAGAGGAUUCGUGCUCCAGAGAUUAUUUUCCAACCGUCUCUCAUAGGAGAAGAGCAGGCGGGGAUUGCAGAGACCCUUCAUUACGUCCUGGACAGGUACCCAAAGGCUGUUCAGGAUACCCUGGUCCAGAAUGUUUUCCUCACUGGUGGGAACGUGA